UUUGGAUAUUGAAUUCGGAAGCGCUCAAAACUGCUGUUGGGUUACGGUUCGUCGACAACGGUUUGACCUCCCCGAUUGUGGUCUCGUUUUUCAGAUUGUCGUUAUCUUUCGCUUGUAUCCUCACCAAUUGUAAUAAUUUGCUUUUAAUAUUAUUUAACACGUUCUAUGUGCAUACUCAGCAGUCGAUCCACUUUAUAUCAUGACUUCUUUUACAGAUUAUUUCUCUGGUCUUCACCCUUUCCCAGUAAAUAGUACUUCUUAGCUAAAAACAAAAUCCUACCAAAAGUUGAAAACUACAUCAAUGAUGGACCCAAGCGCUCCUGUUGUACCCCAAGAAAUAAGCACUGAUCAACCUGUUUUAUCAGAUGAGGAAAAUGCAAGGCUACAAGUUGAAUUGUCUCAGGUUGAAGAAGAAAUUCGUCUCCUUCAAGAAACUCUUGUUGUUAAGCAGCGCCGAUCUAACGAGAUAAAAAAGGCUCUUGGUUUUACCACACUUUCUACAUUGCAGUAUGACCUCAUGGAAGGUAUUCAUAAAUUGGAAGAUACAGAAGCAUAUAUCAAAACAAGCGAACUUUUAAGUAAAGCUAAAGAUAAGACCGUCAAUGUAGCCCAAGAUGCUAAAGAAAAAGUCGGAUCAACAAUUUCUGCUAUUCGGAAUUCAGAGGUUGUGAAAUCAUUGAAUGAUAAAGUUGGUUCUGCUUAUUCAACAGUUAAAAUACUUUGUAUGGAUAAAUUUACCAACCUACCAGCAAUUACAUGGAUUCCCUCCAAGAAUGGAAUUCGUGAUGCUAUAAUUCAUUCGACGUAUGGACAUCCACCAGAUGAUGGGACUGAAUAUGUUAGUAAUAAAUAGUACCAAGAAAUAAUGUGAGAUUAUUAUUAUAUUCAAAAUGCCGUCCAUUCGCCGACUUGCAGUGUUGUCGCCAUUUCACUUUCUUGUGUAUAAAUUAUUGUACACUGUUCUUUUCAUUAUUUAGUUGAAUUUUUCCUUCAUUUUCUCAUGAUUGAAACGCUACUUUUUUAUUCGUAUACUGACACAAUUCAUGUAUCCUAUAUACAAGAAAAAUGGAAAAGUUAAUAUUACUGAUUAUUUCUAACUGCUUUGAAAUACAACAUUAGUUGAUAAUUUGUAAUUGCUCUCAGUUUUGCAUAAGCUAUGAUUCAUUGGUGUUGACGUACACUUUCCAGCUACUAUUGUGUGUUGCCUAUGACUUACUGUGCGUACUUAUAGGUGUCAUCUCCUAAUCCUCAUAUUAAUCAUCUUAAUUAUAGGACUUCUCCUUCGUUUGAAGUUUCUGCCACUACUCAAUACUAAGCUCAUUUUCUAAAAUUAUUACACCACAGUCCCAUCGAUAUUCUUACCUAAUCUAUACAUACAAGUUUUUGUUUAUCUUCUUAGAACUAGUUACUCUAAAUAUAUUUCGUCUUUUCUCACUGAAGUUUAUAUGUAGAGGUGUUUUUACUUCCGUAAUUUCUAAUUAUGCCUAGAUUAGAUUUUCGUGUCAAUUACAGCUUUUAAUUGAGUUCCUUACUAGCAUUUCAAAUUUGGGCUACUUUAAGUUUUUAAAAGCCAUGUCUUGAUUUUGUUGACCAAAUAAGUCGCUAAGAAGCUUUUUCUCCAAGAACUAAUUCAAACAUUUGGUUAGGAAGUGUCGUGUGGGUCCUCAGGUAAUGCAUGGUCUGGAUUUAAGAGUAACUAAUCCAAACACCAGAAUAAAUUGGAAUUGGUUCGUGAUGUUCCACUGAUCGGAGUCGUAGGAAGUACCGAGCAGAAUAUACGGUGUCCAACAGCUC